CGAUGUCGGCCGAACAGCGUUCAACACGGAAGUAUUACGACGAAGACCUUUCCGGCAGCACCAAACUACUACACACGUGUAGGCAGUACUUAAACUGGUUUUGAAGAAGCUCAAACAUGCCGAAAGCGCAGAAGGGAAAGGCUCCGGAGAAGAAAAAAGUGGUCCACCCGUACAGUCGGAAGGCUGCUUACCUCGCCCGAGAAGAGAUCCGAUUAGAGAAAAAGGAUAAACAGAAGACUGAGAAAGCUACUCGUCUUAAUAGUAUCGGGGAAAAGCUGCUGUGGUUCCAGGGCCAGCUGGACUCUACAAAGACAACCUACAACAAACAAGAUGCCUGUGACAUUAUAGAAAGGUACCUUCACAGAUUUGACUCGGAAUUGGAGCAGAUCGAGCUUGUUAACGGGAUCAAAGGAAGACAAGGUCGUCUACACGGCGCCCGGGAAACCGUUAUCAUGCAGACUGUCGAACGGGAGAGAGCUCAGUUCGAUGGCAACGGUUUUGAGAUUCCAGAUCUCAUCAACGCCAAACAUCUGAAGACUUUCAGCGCAUGGAGUGGCGACCUGAAAAAACUUCCCAACAUCAAGCUACGGAAGUUCUCCAGCAAAGAGGUGAAGAAAACGAAGGAAGAAGAUGAGAAGGCAGCAGACGGAGAAGAGGAGGAGGAGGAGAAAGAGGAAGGUUCAAUAGCAGACUCUGAUUCAGAAGGACUGCCGGAAGACUUGUAAAUACUUUGCAUUUCAGAGACUUGGGGACCUCUCAAGACAAGACAUCUCAACAGCAAAACAAGAGGUACUCUACAGUUUGAGGAAUGAAAAGACUGCAAAAUCUUCACCCAGCCUGAAGUUUGAUGAGGGGCUGUGUAGGUGAAACUCUAUUUUAUUAUUGGUAACAGUGUUUGUGCUUGUAUGGAAUAUCAAUACAACAUCGGCAGUGCGGUACUGCAGUACCAAGACUGUCCAUCAGAUGACAGCAGUCAUCAGCAGUCAGACUAGUUGGAUUCCAGUUGUCGGAAAAUUAACCGGGAUGUGUAAAAAGAAAUGUAUUGUUGAAAUGAUGAUAUACAUUCAGUGCUUUAUUGCAAACAGGUACAUAUGCAAUUUGAAUAAUCUUGUAUUUUACUCAAUUCAGAUGAUUAUAAAAUUUUGCAAAACCCAGAAAAACUCAAUUGAAUUUUCUCAAAUCGUUAAGGUAAUCAAACACAUUAUGUAUUUCCUUUUUUAGCUCAGUGAGAGUAUUAACUGGUAAAAUGUGCCAUUCAACAAAUGCAUAAAAAAGAGGACAUUUGUUCACUGAGAACAUCUGGCUGUCAAUCUAGAGGCAGAACCCCACUGUGUGUCAAUUAAUAAACAAGAACAUUUGAGCAUAAUACAAAACACGGAAGACACAAAUUAUAACUGAACCAUUAAAGUGAUUGAUAAAUGCAAGUUACUUCCAGUAUCACUUUAAUCAAAAGCUGCAUAUAGUGAGAGGAAAUGAUCUUCUUUGGCUACUUAGUACUUCCUGUACUCUUCUAGGAAUAAUCUACACCCUGGUAGGGAUUCUCCUAGUAA